AUGUCGGAGGCGCGCCCGACGCCCAGCGGCAGCGGGCAGCUGCCGCGAGCAGCGCAGAGCGACGACCAGGCGGGGUACGAUGACCGCGCGCAGCCGUGGCGAUUCUUGGCACUAUCGAGGGCGUACGGCCCCUCGCGCGCCUUCCAGGUCGCUACAAAGCUGGGCCUGUUCGAGGUCCUGCGGGCGCACCAGCAGCUGAGCGGCGGCCAGGGGAUGGCGGUGGCGGAAGUAGCGCGCGCGCUGGGGCUGCGCGCAGACCCUGGGUUCAGGGGGGUGGCAGACCUCCUUGACCUGCUAGUGGCUGAGGAGUGCCUGGCGCGCCAGGGCGACGGCCCCAGAGCGCUCUACAGCAACACGCCAGACGGAGAGCGCUACCUCUGCCCCGGCAGCCGCGACUACAUCGGCGGCCUCGUAAUCAUCAACUGCGACAGGAGCUACCCCCAGUUUUUGUUCUUGGAGGACUCGCUGCGCACGGGCGUGCAGCCCCAGGCCGCGCAGGCAUUGGUGCCCGACAUCCUCGAGACAUUCGGCGGCGACGGCGGCGAUGCAGGCGCACCAGCGCGCUUCGCCGCCGGCAUGACGGGCGCAAACUUGGCCACAUUUGUCGCAUUUGCAUCAAAGUUUGACUUUUCAAGCCACGCCACACUCCUGGACAUCGGCGGCUCCGCCGGCACGCUGAGCUGCGCCGUGGCGGCCGCGCAGCCCCACAUGCGCUGCGUCAGCGCUGACCUGCCAGUGCUCAGGGGCGCGGCCACCGCAGAGGUUGCGCGGUGGGGUCUGGGCGGGGGCCGCGUGCGCUUUGAGGCGCUUGACUUUUUCGCCGAGGCGCCCUUCCCGGCCGCUGACGUCAUCACCAUGUCCAUGAUCCUCCACGACUGGGGCCUCGAAAAGAAGCUGCUUUUGAUGCGCAAGGCCUUUGCAGCGCUACCGCCAGGCGGCGCGUUUGUGGCGCUCGACCUCAUCAUUGAUGACGCGCGGCGCGCCAACCGCUGGGGCCUCUUCAUGAGCCUCAACAUGCUGGCAGAGUUUGGGGAGGAGGGCAGCUUUGACUACACCUUUAGAGACUUCCAAGGGUGGGCGUCCGAGGUUGGGUUCGGCCGGACGGAGCUGCUGCGCCUAGGGGGGCCGGCGAGCGCCGCGGUCGCGUAUAAAGACGGAUGA